AUGUCUCUCGAAAAACACGUCUGGGGCUUUGAUCCCGAGACCCAGGCGGUAUCCCCUGAUGAAUUACACGAAGUUUGUCUAGACGACGAAAACAAAGAGAUCCCUGCACCUUUACUAGCUGGCAGCCGACCUGAAUGUCUCAAGAAUGCCGUCCACGAAUGUGUGUUUGUUGCUCUUGUCGCCUUUGCCGCAGCCACGCCCGUCUUCCUCCAGCGUUCUGUUGUGGUUGUGGCUGGACCUAUAUCCGCAGCCUUACAGAUGACACCAGCUCAGAUCGCGUGGGCAACGGCAAGCUCAGGUUUAACGACGGGGGCAUUCUUACUUCCAUUCGGAUACAUCGCCGAUACUUGCCCUGUUUUGCCUCGAAAGACUCUUCUAAUCGUCAGCUUGGUGGUUUUCUGUCUACUUGUCUCAUGUACAUCCUUCUCGCCAACUGGGAUUGUUCUUGAUAUUAUAUCUGGCUUGACUGGCAUCGCUUGUGCGGCGAACGUUCCUAUUGCCGUCGGCAUACUAAGUCUUGUCUACCCAACGCCAUCUCGCCGCAAGAAUAUUGUAUUUUCUUCCUUCUUAAUUGGCACACCUGCGGCAACUAUCAUCGGUGGGCUCGGCUCUGGCGCCUUAGCUCUUGAAGUUAGUUGGAAGGCCCCGUUCAUAGCCUUGGCUGCUCUAUACGCCGCGGUCUGUGGGCUUGCUUGCGUAUUUGUCCCGAACGUCUCGGCGCCUGAAAACGAGGAGAAAACCGAAAUACGCAUUAUUGCCGAGCCGGAAGCAUUUCCGAUAUUAUCGAUUGAAGCACCCAAGAAGAAAUCCAAACUCUUGCAGUUUGACUGGCUAGGGCUAUUUCUACUUGUCACAGGUCUUCUCCUAUUUACUGUCGCAUUGACUAUUGGCCCACAAGGUCCAGAGCCAUGGAAGACACCGGCAGUAAUCCUACUCCUCACUUUGGGCGUGCUAUCUCUUGGAUGUUUCCUUCUUUGGGAGAAUUUUACGAAAACGCCUAUGAUACCCCCAUCAAUUUGGGAAAACUUGACAGUGACUUUGGUGAUUAUCUGUACCAUAGCUGCUGCUAUGUCUUUCUACUCUCAGCUGUUCUGGGUCUCUUUAUUCAUGCAAGAUCUUGAGGGCCUGAAGUCGUUCGACGUUGCUGUACGGUUGCUACCACAGGCUCUUGUGGGCCUAGUACUCAGCCCUCUUGUUGGCCUGAUCAUGCAUAGAGUCCCGGGAACAGCGUUGUUGGCAGUGGCAGCUACUUCGCUCGUCCUGAGCAAUGUUCUUCUCAUAUUUUUGCGUCAGGGGAGCAACUACUUAUUCUGGAUAUUCCCGGCUAUCAUGUUGAGUACCAUUGGGAUGGAUUGGAUUAUGAAUGUUGGGUCUCUUUAUAUUUUAUCGUCUCUUCCAUUGGAACAUCACUCGGUUGGUGCUUCUCUGCUUCAAACCACGAGCCGCCUCGGAGUCCCUCUCGGCAUGGGAGUUACUACUGCAAUCUGGUCAUCGUACGAUGGGGAGCAGGAUACCAACCCUCAAUUAGCGUAUACCAAUACGUUCAUAGCCACCACGGCAUUUGCAGGAAUUUCUCUCGUUUUGGUUCCAUUCAUUCGGAUUGGACGACAAGGCCAUUCAAGACAUGAACUAUUAGAGUCAAAGGACGACGAGCUCAAGCCGAGAACUUCCGUCCCUCAACAACCGCCACCUAGUCCACCACGAAAUCCUCGCACCGACAACGGACACAGACCAAGCAAGCGAUGGUCUCCUGUCGAUACAUUGGCCGCGUCAGUUACGAGUGAAAGACAACACACAGCGGCUCCAUCAGUAUCCUCGCAAUCAUCUCGUAGAAGUGAGGAUACCUCGAAUACCAACAAAACAAACAGGACAACCAUUCGACGAGGAUGUAGCCCAUCCGAAAGAGUCGUCUGGGUUGUCUGUGAAGAGUGUGGCACAACGAAACGCCACAAUCAACCGCGUACCACCGUGGGCGAUCCGGCCCGUUACUUUAACGAUCCUGCAUUUGGCAGCGUAACCAAGGAUACCAAUCAGACGAACCCAUAUGGUGCAAACGGAAAUAACAGCAGCCAGAUUCAUCACCAUCACUCCCAGUCUCAACUUCCUAGACCGUAUAAUGGGCAUCGUCGCUUACCACUUGUGAACCGCCAGAUCCUAACACAUCAAAUGCUGACACAGGGCUUUCGGCCUUGA